UAUAUGGUUAUAAUAAGUGAAACUGAUGACCUUGAGCAAGGACAAUUAGUGGUGUCAGUACAAUAUAUAUAUAUGAGUACUACUCAAACUUCGUUUAUUACACUACAACACAGAUAACCAAAUAAGACGUGAAAAUGGCGAGCAGAGGGAAGAAGAGAGGAAAAUUGGUCGAAGAAUCCGUUAUUGGAGAAAAAGAAAAUAUAUCCAGCAGGAGAACAGGGAGAGCAAAGAAGGCUGUAAACUAUGUCGAAGACUCGCCAGUUGUUAAGAAAAGAGCAAAAGAUGAUGCAAAACUUGAAAAAGAAAUAAUCAAAAUAGCAAAGAAGAAAGAAACACUGAAGCGAAAAUUGAACACAAAAGAAACGGAAAAAUAUAUGGAACUAGAAAAAGAAAAUUCCAAAAGUACGAAAUCUAAAUUACCGACAAAAGCCAGAGGUAAAAUUAAAGAAAUUAAAGAUACCGUCGAUGUUUUUGAACUUAAAGAUAAUGAUGGAGAUAAUAGUGAAGCUUCAGCGGUGGAAGUUCAAAAAAUACCACACAAAUCAGAUAAUAAAACAACAAGUAAACGAAAUAAAAAAGGUAAGAAGGACAAAACAGAUGACAAAUUGACUAUUACAGAGAAAGAGACAGAACAUUUAGAGCAAACAGAAAAUCAGGAUGAAUGUGAACUUAACACAAGUGCAGUGACGGAAAUUGCAAAUAGCAGUAGAAUUAGAGGGCAUUCGAAUAGGAAGCAGAUCAAGGCAAAUACCCGAAAACCGUUAUCAAACCGAAGUGAUAACAGUCAGACUGCACAAAAUCAAGAGAUGGUAACACACAUUGGAAGUGGAACAAAGUCGAAAAGACAGCACAUCGCAAAACAAAACACACAAAAUGAAACACACGAUCAAAUUACAAAGACAAUUAUUACUAACACUAACGAUACUGACGAAAUGAAUGCGAAAGAAUGUCCUGUCGUUGAUGAUGGCGAAGAUGAUUCAAAGAAAGACGAAGAAAAAAAUGCGAACAGUACUUUCACUCUUGGGGAUAUUGUAGAAACACCAAGGACUACUAACACGAGAAGCACACCAAACAGUGACAGGAACACAAAACAGAAUACGUCAUCCGUUGCCAAACGUAUGUCUGAAGUGUUAGGGAGUAUAAGAAAGGAGAGUGUAGGUGGUAAUACUCCAAAGUCGGCACAUUGUGCUUGUGGAGAUAUGAUGAGCGAAAUAAACGAAAUUUUAGAACUUGUAACGGAACAACUGACAGACCUGAAAUCCGAAAUGGAAACUGUUAAGACAACGAAUGAGUCUCUGCAAACUGAUUUAGACACUAAUCGCAGUGAAACAAGACAAUUGAAAGAAGAGAUGAACAACUUGAAAAACGCAACACUUCACCAGAUACAGACUAAUACCACAAAGACAAGCAGUACACCAAGGAAAUCUCAUUCAAACCAAAAUGAGAUUGACAUGUUAUGGAAUCAGUGUGAAGUACAGAAAAAGACCAUUCGGUCAUUGCACAAUGAAGUGGACAAUACAAAAACUGAAUUUAACCUACGUUUUGAGAAAUACAAAGUAAGUAUAUAA